AUGAGUGGAACCAGCAAUACACUUGCUGCAAUGUCUACUGGUGUAGAUGCAGAUGCGUACAUUCUAGAUCAUGCACCUCUGUAUGAAACUAUAUUUUAUUAUUAUAUGGGGUAUCUAUUAUCUCCGUUUGCUAUGAUCUGUUUCCUGACAAUUCUUAUAUCGAAUAGGGUAAUUGUAAUGAGUUCAGUACGUGAUAAGUAUGGUAAUCAAGGGAAACAUUCAUCUUUGCCCCUGUGGUCGAAUAUAUUGUUGCAUGGUGGUAUUACAGUCCUUUUAGGGUUAUGUUUUAUCCAAUCAUUACAUGAGAUGAAUGUAACAGAUGUAUUUUUCAAAAUAUUUAUUGAAAACGAUGAUCCUUCAUUCUUAUAUAUGAGAUUGCUUGCUGUAGUGGCUUGUUCUCAUAUAAUAGAAGCAUUUAUGAGUAGCACAUUAGAUAUUAAGCCAUUAUAUGAUUUUGAUUAUUCGUUAUUUGAAAUGGCAUUACAAUACUAUUUAUAUAUGGUAUCGUUAAAACAUAGAGCACCCUUAUCUCCAAGAAUAGAAAAUCUUACACAAAAUCAAAUGUUAUUAGAUUCACUAGUUAUCAUAACGAACAAUAUAGUGAUUCAUAGUUUGGAAUUAUUAAAUCUAAGGAAAUUCAGAUUGAUUUUAUCCAUUAUUACUAAUGUUGUUCAUUUUUAUUAUACAAAAGAUAAUUUUAUGGUAAUUAUAGGUACAAAUAGAUUAUACGUUACAUAUUUAAGACUUUUCUUCAAAUUCCUACCGAUUGUUGUAAUACUAUUGAAUAUUACAUACAUGGUAUUCGAUUGGUUUAUUCAUAAAUGCUUCUCCAAGGAUGUUUCUACUCAAUUACAAUUUUUCAAAGAAUUAAAAUAUUUCUAUAGAUUAAAUUCAGAUCAAGAAAUGACAAGAACAGUAAUGAUUUUAGCUAGACGAAUGUUGGAAAAGAAUUCUUCUUCGCUCAAGUUGAAUCAUGUUGCAUUAGAUUCUGCAACUGAGUCUUUGGAAACUGGUUUUGAUAGAAAUGGAAUUUCGAAUGAUAAUGUGUUUAUUAGUGGAUAUUUGAACAAAUUACAAACAUCACCGGAGGAUACAGUUGCCCAGGAAACAAAGAUAUCUCAUGGUAACAAUAAUAAUCAGAAUAAGGAGGAUAAUGAUAAUUAUAAAUUAAAUAUUCCUUCCUGUUUUACAAAACUUAAGUGGUCUGCUGAUUUAUUUCUUUUAUCAUUGGAAGCCAUUUUGCAAAUAAGUCGUCAAAUAGUAAUGGUGUCGUUGAAUUUUCUAAAGAUCAGGAAAUCACCUGUCGCAGAUGAUGACGAUGAUGAAAAGCAUAAAAAAAGUGUCCAUAGUCAUGAUCAUCAUUUUAAGGAUCUCAAUAGAUUGGUGACAUCACACAACUAUUACAAAUUUCUGACUAGAUAUACAUUGAGUCCAGAUGGUAAUCAACAAAUUGAACAAUUCGAUAUACACAAAUAUCUAUUACCUAACGAUGAUACUUCCCCAGAUUAUUGUUUACCAAAUGACACGGAUGAACAUAACAAAGCAUUAAAGGCUCAAGAUAAAAUGGCAUUUAUUCCUACGGAUACUGACGGAAUGAAAGUUGAAUUAGUUCAAUUAUUUUCUGAUUUUAACUCUAAUAUGAUGGAGUCUACGGACAAUUUGAACUGGUACAAUUCCAUGUACUCUAUACUAAAAUAUGAACUGGAGAAUGACAAGGAGAGAGUAACAAGAGCUCAAUAUGGAGCAUCAAACGAUGAGACCAUAUUAAAUGAAGUCGUCCUCGAGAGGUGGACUGCCAACGAAGAUUUGCGCGAACAAGUCAACGGGAGUAAUUCGAAUGUGUUUGAUUAUGAUGAUGAUGAUGAUGAUGAUAAUACAGAUGAAGGAUUAGACUUGCUCUGUGUAAUCUGUUUGCAAGAAGUUAGAAAUAUUGCCUUUUGGCCUUGUCGAUGUCUGUCCAUAUGUAAUGAUUGCCGGAAAACUCUGGGAUCAAGAGGGUUCAGUACAUGUGUAUCGUGUAAGUCAGAAGUUGAAGGUUACACCAAGUUAAAUAUAGUAUAA